AUGGAGCGAUAUUUGUGUCGGCAGGGCAACGUGCUGGAUAGCUUCGCGCGCAAGGCGCUGUGGGACGUGGGGCUGGACUAUGCCCACGGUACAGGGCACGGCGUGGGGCACUGCCUCAACGUGCACGAGGGGCCCGCCGGCGUCUCCUGGCGCCCAUACCCGCACGACCCGGGCCUUCGUCCCGGACAGAUACUCAGCAAUGAGCCCGGGUUCUACAAGGUGGGGGAGUAUGGCAUCAGACACGAGGAUCUUGUUGAAACUGUCGCCAUCACCAAGGGUUCCAAACAUCCGAGGGCGUCUAACUUGCGAGGUGACUUGGACGGUCGAGGUGUACUCGGCUUCAACACACUGACUCUAGUGCCGAAUCAAAGAGAGUGCAUCGAUUUGGCCCUGCUGGACGAUUUCGAGUUAGCAUACAUCAACUCUUACCACAGCAGAGUGUUGAAGACUCUAGGCCCAGUGCUGCAGUCGAGGGGCCUGGUAGAGGACUACAAGUGGUUACAAGAACAGUGCGCCCCCAUUGUCAGAGGGUCAACACGUCAUCAAAAUGGAGGCGGUCAGCAAUAG